GCAAAAGAAAUCUGAAACCAAAAAGGAAAGAGAAAAGAUGCAAUCUGCAAAGGACAUGGGAGCUUCAGCCAAAGCUGGCAUGGAGAAAACCAAGGCCACACUCCAAGAAAAGGGUGAGAGGAUGACGACCCGCGACCCGCUCCAGAAGGAGAUGGCGACGGAGAAGAAAGAGGAGAGGAUCGACGAGGCUGAGCUCCGCAAGCGCGAAGCCCAGGCUCAGCACGAGGCUCAGCGCCGCGGCGCUGGUACCGGCACUGGCGCUGAUACCACUGGCUUUGGAACCGGCGGCACUUACUAAAUACUACUACUACUACUAGUAUAUCUACGUACCUACCUUGUAAUAAAAUGGGCGAAUGUGUCUAUCUCAACACACUCCUUGUAUUUUUUUAUGUAUGUUGAUUUGCAAUGCAUUCUCCCUCCCAUUUUAAAUA